CUCGGGCUAGAGGGCGUCGAAUCGCCGCGUCGGAUCGGAUUGUUGGAACCAUGUCGGAACGCGAUCGGCAGGCCGUGUACACUGUUUCCGAGAAACAAUGGGUCAAACGGUGGGUCGUAUGCCAAACACAUGGGCUCGUUUACUGGAAGAGAAAGAUCGCGUGUUAUAUUGGAGCGGCGAGGUCCUGGCGAGAGUGGCCGACAAUGUUAACGAGGAAGAGUCGUUUCGGAUCGAUUACGGGGACGACUGUAUCGAUCGGAAGGUUGAUUCGUGGAUACGGGCCGGUCGAGAGAGAGUCGACAAAAUUCUCGGUAAACGGAGGAACGUGUCGGGAGAACGUAGAGCUCGCAUAAACAGGGAGAUCGAGCAAGUGAGAGUAGAGAUCGGAACGAAGAUGAGAAAGGAUUACCGCGAAUGCUACGGUGAAAUAAGACAGCUGACGAAAAAGGUGGACAACCUGGGGCACCGGCAGCGGAGGAUACACGCUAAAAUUCACGAACUCGAGGACACCUGCGCCGGGAACGUGAGGAAGUUCCAAAAGAAGUUCGGCCCUCUGCGAGUGAAGACGUUCGGAAACCUUGUAACGAGCGAAAGAUUCGUGUUCCAGGACAGAAGGCUGAAAAGGAAGUUCGUCAAACAGAUGCACGACAUCGAUCGGAAAAACAUGAAGGCGUGCGCCAGGCGCAUCGAUACAUUGACGAGAAUGUAGGAAACCAACGACGAUGGAGAAAGAACGAGCACGAGAUGGUCCGGAUCACGCGAACGAAGCGGAGACCGCGUUAUCCGGUUGACAAUGUAUACGUACACAACGAUAUGUGUAAUCACGAUUUUCAUCGAUUGUUCGGUGACUUUCUCGCCAUUUCCUUUUUAAGAACCAAAUAUCGAUAAAAAUUGAGACAUUGCUAUGCUGAAA